AUGUGGCAAUACUCCUUGAUAAUGAAUGAGGACAGGGCCCUGUCCUGUGUUAAUGCAUCGGGGACGGUGGCGACAGCCAACCUCAGCGCGGUGAGGGAGACCAUGGACGUUCUGCUUGAGAUUUCAAAAAUUUUGAAUACGGGCUUAGAUAUGGAAACUCUGUCCAUUUGUGUACGACUUUGUGAACAAGGCAUUAACCCAGAAGCUUUAUGGUCAGUCAUUAAGGAACUUCACAAGGCUACUGAAGCGCUGAAGGCUGCUGAAAAUACAACAAGCUGACUCUGGAAAACUCUUGAUAUGCCAAGCUGUGCAAGAGGAUUUUAAGAGUGCACUGUAGUC